CGCUGCGCUUGUGCUCGACAGGGAACCCGAGUUUUUUUGCAGCCAACUUCCACAGAACUCAAGUUGAAUCGUUCGACUUUUUGUUUGCUUUGCCGAUAUCUGCGGUUGCUGCCUUCCCUUCCCCGUCGUCUUGCCUUCCGCGCGACUAGCGGCUCGGGAAAACGCACGCGCGCCGCGACCUUUCCACCGCAACGCUCCCGUAUGAUUCCCUUUCUCCCGUCCUUAUUCCGACCUGCCCCGCGACGAAGUGCAUUUAUGCUUUCCGCCCGCCUUUCCCGCGUUCUGCGGAUCCCCGUGUAGGUACCCGCCGUCUGCGGCCGCUCCUGGCGGACCCGCAUUGACGUCGACCCUCGACGGUCGUACAUGUUUUCUCCAGCAUUUUAGGUUCCGAGACAUGGCGGAUCCGCCGCUCCACCUUUCAGCUCGCGCCCAGGUCCCUCUCCGACCUCAGGUUCUCUCCGACGCCGUGCGUCCCUCGGCAGUCUCGCCCAAAGUCGCGGGACCGCCGACCGGCAAUCCCUCUGCACAUGGCUUCCAAGGCAUUGACGCUUCUCCUGUCCCUGGUGCCCCACUCCGCAAUUCCUCGUCUAAUUCGCUAGGCGGAGGCACUCUGUCUCACGGCGUCUCCAUGUCGAAGUCUGGCCUCUCCGUGGCGCUUGCGGGCGUGCAGUCUCGCUCCGACGUUCCCUUUGUUCCUCCUCCCCAGCUGAUUUCGUCUUCGGGGGCUCCGGAGAGCGGGGAAAACAAUGGACGCGCUCUCCGCGAGCCUCUGUUGUCUCCAAGCGCUGCAUGCGGGGCAGCUGACGCGCAGGUCGGCCAGCAAGCGACGCCGCCCGCCUGCCGCCUCGCGGAUCCAGCGAGGAAUGCCGGAACACCGCAGAUCGUGGGAAAAGCUCCUCCGUUUCGUCCGCAGAAGUCACCCGGAGCGCCUGUCCAGAACGGCUUGCAAAUACGGCCGAAUCCGGAAGCGCAAGAACGCACUGGACUCGCGGAAAACAGCCCUGCCGACGGGGUAGGUUCCCGGCUCUCGGCUUCCAGUUCCGCGACGCUGCCAACUGGCCGUCUGCAUGCUGCCAGAUCGACCUUUGCGUCCACUGGGGGUUCCCACCCUGGAUCUGGGAACCAGGAAGCUCCAGAACCUAUUCAAGUUCCUGUCGCGAGCCACAUAUCCUCUAAUUCCCCCUUUCCUAUGGCGGCUGCCCCUUCGCUGGACGCACUGUCUUCGCCAGAGAAACUGUCUCUGCCUUCAACACUCAACCGGAUAAGCAGCACUGCGCCGGCGAGCUCCCUCGGCCGCCCACAGGCCGCUCAGCCGCUGCUCGGCGGUGUUCGUGUACCUGACGGGCAAGGGAGGAGCGGCGGGCCUCUCCCUGUGCAGCCCGUUUCUAGCUCGGCGCUUGCGGCGGCUUCCGCGCCGAGUAGAUCACAUGCCGUCUCGAUUCGUGGACCUUUUUCGCUGAACUGCUCGCCCACAUCUGCGCCGCCGGCGACUUCUGGGCCCCCCCGCGCGCUCGCUGGACUGCAUGCUUCAAAUGUCUUCACGGGAACCGCCGUCGCAGGGGCUGGCUGUGCGCCGAGCCACCAGUUUCAAGCCCGAGCCCCGGUCCCUGCGCGACUGCCUGUUUCUGCAGGUUCCUCCGCUCCCGCCACCAUUUCCUCUUCCAGCGCUGUCGCUUCUACCGCUCCUUCAGGCUCUCGACCUGUAGGCGUGCUGUCUGCCGAUGCCGCCAAAACACCGAACCCGGUAACCUCUGCGGUUGUUAACCAUUCCGCGUCGGGUGGCGCUGCACUUCCGAGAUUCACCUCGCCCUUCGCCUCGAUUCCCGCGAGGUCUCUUUCCGCAGCGGGGCCUCCGGGAGACAGCCCAGGGGCCCCCAGCGCCUCGGUGUCUCCCUCCGCGACCGCCGUCGUCGCGGCGAAGCGAAGAGUGCUCCCUCCAGGAGGUCAGCCUGGAGCGACUGCCGCCUCACCUGUUUCCAGAGUGUCUGCUGCGUCUCGUCUGGCAAAUUUCGCAUCUCUCGGGGCCCAAACGACUCUUCCAACAGCCUUAAACUGUGCCGCAACUGCAGGGGCAGCUGCAGGAGGAGGCGCUGGGUCAGGCGCUGGGGGGGGAGGUCCGGGUGUCCCUGGACCGAGUGCGAGUUGCCCAGUGCGGUAUGGCUCUCUUGGGUCCUCCGCGGCGGCCGGCGUACAGACACCCCGCGGGUCUCAGGGCCCUGCGCGUCUUUCAAGAGGCCAGGCGGGGGGUCCGACGCUGACGCAUGCGUCGGGGAGGCCUUCACCAGCUGCGAAGGCGCAGUGCAGCCGCAGCGAGUGCUCAUCCCCUCACGCGCUUCUCUCCUCGACUCCGUCGCCGCCGGGGUCGCCGAGUCUCCGCCUGCAUCCGCGCCCAGGUGUCUGCACAGCUGGGAAGGGCCGCCAGCGGUCGACUUCAGUGGGCAGCGCUCACUCCUCGGCGGCAGUGCUGGCAGCGGCCGCGAGUCGUCUCGCGCAUUUGUCAGGGAAGGCCCCGUCCCCAACUGCGGGCCUCGGGCCGUCGCGGGUCCCGAGCUCCCCCUCGAACGCCGGCUUGGACCCGCUCCUGUCGCCUGGAGGCGCAGGAGGGAGUCCACUCGCGGUCGGCGGAUCGCCGCUUUUCGGGCGCGGACUUGGAGCCCAACCGACGGACGCCGCCUCGCGGGCCGCAGCCGUGGUGGCCGCUGCCGCGGCGGCGGCGGCAGCGGGGUACUCGUCCCUCGCGGCUGCAACUUCUUCGGGGCUUUCGUCAUGCGCAGUUCUGAAGUCUUCAAAGUCUGCAAACGCGCCCUCGCCGCGCGCGCGGAGCCAGCAGUCUGCGGAUUCCCCGUCGGCCUCCGGGGCCAAGAGGCUCGCGAGUGGGAGGGCGGGGGCCUCGACUCCCGGCCGCAGGUCCAUUUCGCAGGAGACACCCCGCGAGGUUCUGAGUGGGGACGGCGCGUUGAAGCCGGGGCCCGACGCGGAGGCCUGCAAGGAGAAGGAGACGCAAAGCCCAUCGAAAGAGAAAGAUGGAGAGGCAGAUACACCUGCGGGAGGCCGCCAAGGCUCCAGUGUAGCCAGCGCCGGCGCGCCUGAGAAACUCGACAAGUCCGAGGACGACGCAGAGGCCGCGAGACUGCAGAUCCUCGCCUCGCUCUUUCCGCGCGCGGAGACGCCUGUCACCUCGGGCUCCAAGACCCCGGGGCCGGCUUCCGGCUCGCUGGAGCCCAUCGCGGCCGACGGGGCGCCUGCGCAUGCAGCGCGGCAGAGUGCGAGCGAGGAGGCGGACGACGAUCACUUAAGGGAUUUCUGGAGCCAGGAAUUGGAGAUCUCUAAAGUUCCCCAGUACCUCGACGACAACCCGCGCGGCGAAGGCUGGUUGGUCGUCGCCAGCCCCCUCCCUGCAUGUGUGGCGAGACAGGAUUUGCUGCGGGAGAAAGUGCGUGCCCACUUGGCUCCGCAGCUCGAAGCCGCCACGGGACAGAAGCAAGGCCCGCCGCCGGGCUUCAGAGACUGCCUCUCGACAGCCACCAGAAAUCCUUUCCCCGCCGGAACCGGCAGAACGUGCGUCGACAACGACGGCCGACGACUCUCAGACACCGCGUCUGCCCACCAAGCGCUACUCUCAAAUGUUCUUUCCUCUCGGCCUUCUUCGCCCAAAGACGCGAGCGCCCUCGCUCCUUCGAGGCAGCUGUCCCCUGAGGAGCGAGGAGACAGCCAGCGCCCUGUCUGUGGGGAAGAAGGGCCCGGAGCAUCUGGAGCCCAAGGGGCCCAAAGGGAGACAGACGGUACUUCUGGGGACGGGCAUGCGCCGCCUCUCAAAAGGAGACGAACAGACGAAGACUGUGCCACGGCAGUCGGCAACGGGGCCCUCACCCCGCCAGAUGAUUUGCUACACGUUCUUCCGCGCCUCUCCAGCGUCGAGCGACGACGCAUGCGGCAGUUGGAGCAGCCGGUUCUCUCCAAGGAAAGGAGACAGAAAGUCACGCAGCAUCUCUGUGCGUCGGCAAGAAAUCUCCUUCAAUGCGUUCAAGAAAUGCAGCUGCUAGGGGCCCUCCCUCGAGCAAUUGCCGCGGCCCCCGAGGCGCCUCCGAAUGGCUUGACAGACUGCCGGAGUGCAGCGCUGGACGAACUCAGGAAGGCGAUGCUCGACCUUCCACCCUCGGCGCUCUGGUCGGGACUGCAUGCACCAGGACCCUUUUCUUCUUCGCGUCGGCAAGCGUCUUCUCUGUCUCCUGCUGAGAGGCUUGGAACGGACGGAGGCGACGAAGCCGCGACAGCUGAGGAAGAAGACUCGGAGAGACCCGACAUUUUCUUCCACCUGGCGAAAGACAGUGAUCAAGAAUCUCCCGCGCCCCCAGGUGGCGUCGGCUCUGGCCUGUGGGCGUCUCCAGGCGGCGCGGGGAGCGAGACUUUUUCGGGAAGAGGCUCUGCUUCAGCUGUCUCCGGUGUGGCUCCUGCGCCGCAUAGAGAGACUUCUUUCUCUCCUUCUCCCAUCGACGCGGAGGCGUUUUGGUUCGGCGACGAGGAUUCGCUGGUGUGGUCGGAGUCCGAGGAGGAGGGCGAUGCUGUGGAGGCGUUCCCCUUUGGGCCUGGGGACCCGUAUUCCGUCUUAUAUUCGGGUUCGCACGAAGUGUCUGCGUCGCGCCAUCCCUUGGCCGACCUCGCGGGUGCACUUGCGGCCUCAGAGGUCGCUGCAAGGCCUGCACAGGGGGCGAGCGACGACGCAUACGGUCCGAAACUGGGGGCCUCGUUUCCUUCUUUUUCAGCUCCACGGACGCUCCGGGAGGCCUUCCAGGAGGCGCGAGCGACUUUACCCUGGCGUGUGCCGCCGCACCUGAAUGAAGAGGAGGCAGCAGCGUGGCUGCGAGAGGCUUUGCGGGAACAAAAGAAACGCGAGACUGAGUUCCGCAAUCUCCGGCUCUUCCAGCUCGAGCGAAAGGCCGUAGGCGCCCAGUUGUCUCUCUGCAGCCCCAGGCACUUGCCGGCGGGGCAGGAGGUCUUCGCAAUCGAGAGGCCAGGCGACGGCCUCAGGUUCCUGCCUUUGACUGCAGAAGAAGAAGACGAACUUCACUUGCUCCGGGAGCAGCGGCGACGCGACUGGGAGAAUGUUGAGAAGGCGAAGCAGCAGCUGAGGGCGGUUAUGUGCGAAAAGGACGUGAAGGCCCAGAGGCACAUCCAGGCCCGGCUGCAGAGACUUUCUGAGAGAUUGGUCAACCGGGAGCGACGCCGUGCAGAGGACUUCAGGCGCCUGCGAGAGCUCCGCGAGCAAGAGCUGAAAUGGUGCGAAGAAAGAAAGAUCCAGGCUGCUCAAGAAGAGAGAGAGAGAGAAGCCUUGAAAGUCGAAGAUGCCACAGCAGCUGAGCGUGAACGCGCAGACCGCGUAUCCAGGGAGAGAGAGGGAGAGAGAGAAAAAACAGGUGAGGGGGCACUUCACGUGCAUUUCAGAGGAGAAGAUCGCCGACCUAGCCGUCUUGGGGCGGCAAAAAGCACGGCCGUUUCUGAAAGCGAGGAAUUGCCGCGCAGUUCAAGCGAGCUGCCUUCAGACGCGCCGAACUCAAGGCCUUUUCCAGUUUCCUCAACUUCUCUCUUACAGCGCCAAAGUGCCGAGGUGCCGACGGGCGGAACGCAAGCAGCUCCUUCCGGAUUAUCUGCGCCUCAGGGGCUUGCUGGCGCUGCUGACGGGGCAUCGAUUCCUGCUCCUGCUGAGACCUCGAAUUUGCUCGAGAAAUCUUCUACGGAGACAGCGGUUUCUUCUUUCUCUCUUUCCAGAGAAAUCUCGACGCCGGAGGCGAAUGGGAAGGCCCUGGAGGUGACACCUUGCCUGAAACUUGCGCGUUCGGCCCCCGUUCUCGGGCAGCCUGCGACGCCGCAGGGAGGGGCGAGUGAAGCCGGCGACCGACGUUCUUACUUUCUUGCUUCCUCAAAGACCGAAGCGAAUGGAGGAAGAGCCUCCCCGAGUGAGGGAGAGAACGGAGACGACAAGGCGCCCCGGGAUUCAGGAGGGCCUGCCUGCAAUUUCUCCGAGGCGAGAGAUAACCCAGGGGACCCAAAUGUUCUCUCGCAGCCUUCUAAACUGAACGUGAAUCCGAUCUUGAUUGCCGACAGACAAACGGCAAAUUCAAUUAGAUCAGGCAGGGGCGGUGAGGUGCCGGCUGGCGGGACAGAGGAGAGUGUGGUGAAAGCCACACGAGGUGGAGAGACGACCCAAGAAGGAAAGGAGAACCAGGAGCUGAAGAUGGUUGAGGUAUCCGCAGGGGCCUCGCCAGCCCCAUUGAGCGUUGGCGGAAACCAGGCAGACUUGCGGCCGCGCGGGGAAGGUGGAAAGGACGAGUGUGAACUGAGCGUAUCUCCAAAUGAAGGACCGCGAGGCGGCACAGGGAGAGACCAGGACGCGACUAGUACGCUUCACGCCGAGAGUCAAGGUCAAGGUUGUGGAGUCCCUUUGGCGCAUGCCCUGCAGCGAGCUCCGGAAAGUUCGAUGUUCCAGCCGUUUGAACAGCUGCAGCCGAGCCAGCUUCAGCAACUUUUGCAGUUCCAACAAACUCAGAGACUCGAAGUUCCGGCGCCAGGAGCGCAAGGAACACAUUCACUGGAGGCCGCACCGGCGAGACUUCGAGAGGAUCCCUUGCCCCCACAACUCCGUAGCGUGCAGCAUCAACAUUCUUUGGUUCAGCUUCCCGCUCACGGCGUGCAGCAGCCGCAUCUUCAGGCCCUCCUGCAAAAGCAGCAGCUGCUGCGGCAACAGAUUCUUCAAAAUGCUCUCGCCCAGCAACAGCGCCAGAAUCGGCCCCGGUGACAUCACGAUUUAAGAUCAGCUGGCACAGAACAUGUGACCGAAACAGAGAGGAUGUCUCUGCCUUAGCAUGAAACAGUACACACCUUAGCCGACAGUCUUGACGAAAUAUGGAAUGGAUGGCCAGCCGCAGUCGCAUUUUACAAACGGGGGUGCAAUAACCCAAAUAUCCGACGACACAGGAUCGAAUCAAAAUGGAGGGCGAAACUGGCAUUUGCGCUUGUGGAGAAAGCAAGAGAGACACGGAGGCAAGCACGGAAGGGAAACGGUUUCCCUCUGCGCACUGAGACAACGCGGCCGCCGGAUCGAAGUGCUGAGAGGGAGUGGAUCUUUGAGUCCUAACAGCUUCUCCGGUAGCUCGAGGAAGAAUGAAACUGAUUUUCGAGUGAACGCAAUUCACGUAAUGAGAGGGAACGGCGGGUGAGAGGGACACUUCGUCGAUCAACGCUUCGUAACAUCUUCAGAAAGGUCUCUGUCGCUCAUGCGGUGUAUUUGCGGGUGCCAGAAACGGUGUUGUCUUGUUUGUGAGGCACGAAGGUUUGUUGCCGCGAGCUGACGCAGCACGGUUUGUUUGUGUGUGUAGCGAAGAGACGCGAAAGGAUGCUGCGACGCUAUCGCUCGCGUCGGCUUCUAGGCACUGCUUGUGAGGUCUCCCACUCUUCGCGCAUCUAUGUACAUUUUCAGCUCCACUUCGUUUCACUGGAGCCUUCAAGGCAGCGAACUGGCGGAGAGAUAAUCCGGCGUGAAUCAACAGCUUUCACACAACAAGGAAAAGUGCUGCAGUAGUGAAACACAUUGCCCAGGAGGUCAGGCGCGACAACCACUCCGAUUUCGCGUAAAAGGGGAGCGAUAUAGUAAUGCUGGACCCAAAACGAACACUGGGCACAAUUACUAUGGGUUGUGAGUAAAGCAGAAGAUUUAAGUAAAUGUUGAGUAUUCAGGAGCGUCGAAUACCUCAAAAAGUACUUUUCUCCUUGACUCCACGGAUGGCUCAGUGCCUCAAGAAAAUCAUUUUCCAUUUAAAUAGUGCUGAAAGGUCUUUGUUUGCCAACUGUGCAAUGCCCACCCAGCACAGCCGUACUUAGGAUUCGGCCUUUCGCCAUGGACGCUGGUAACACAGUUCCGAUUUCCGGACUUUCUGAGGGGACUGCAACAUUGGCAAGGAUGAACAAUCCAUCUGGAAAAAGUGAUGCCAACAAGAGAGGGCAGUGCCACCUUCUUCAGUUUCGAACUGAUCUUGUGCCAGCUGAUUUGGCUUCUUGUCAUUAAAUUUCAACUCCGU